GGAAAAAUGGAGCUGUUUGCUUAGCAUUCUCAUAUCUUUCACGAGAAAUCGUCAAGUUCUUUACCUGCCUGAACUGCAAAAUACAAAAAAAGCUGAAACAGACCGUUACUUAACUUCACUCUUACAUCUUUCAGUUUCUUAUUUUAACUGACAAUUAAUAAUUGUGUUGCCAAUUCAUUCACCCCAAAAAUGGAGUCUCAAUAAGAAGCGCCGCUCCAGAAAAUCCAAACCCCAUUGAUAAAUCCCAGGAAACACUCUUGUUUUCAGUGUAAACAAGGGAAAUCCCACUGACCCAUGUGAUUAUUUUCGCUUGAUUUUUCUUGUGUUCAUCGAGGGGCUUCAUUUCUUCAAAUUUCAGCAGAUGGGUCUUAAAGAUAUUCGUCACAAACUCAAGGCGUUUCAAUUUGGAAAGUUCAUGAUGAGGAAUACAAGGAAAAAGCGACGGCCGUCAUCGGUGUCGGUGAGUAAGCAGUCGUGGAUGGCGCCGGUGACCCAUGGGUAUCACGUAGUGGCGGAUCAGUCAUGCUCGAGUAUUUGGGAAGAGGAAUCGGAAAACGAUUCAGUUGUGGUGCAGAGAGAGCAGAUUGAAGGGGUGGAGUUAUGGUUUUUUGGGGUUUUUGAUCCCAAAAUUGGUGACAAAGUCAUCAAGUUCAUGCAAACUCAUUUCUUUAAUAUGAACUUCAAAGAGUGUCAGAUGAAAGGGAAGGGAACAGAGGCAAUGAAGAAAGCGCAUCAGAGUGCAAAAACAAAGACAAGAGAUGAAAAUGAAGGGAAGGGGCCUUGGAGAAUGGGAUCAGCUUCAGUUUUGGUAAUUGAUGGAGAUAGACUGGUGAUUACUUGCAUGGGGGACUAUAGAGCCAUUGUGUGUGAAGAUGGUGUGGCUCAUCAAAUAAGCUGUGAUCAUCAUUCAUCUAAGCAACAUUGGCAUCGUAGAUUAACUCUCGGAAUGAAGCUCCGGACAAGCUCCGAAAUUGUGGUUGCAACUAAAAGAGUCUACUCAGAAACUGAGUUUAUGGUACUGGGAAGCAAUGGCGUAUGGGAGGUUAUGAAGAACCAAGAGGUUGUGAAUCUGAUAAGACACAUGGAAGACCCACAGGAAGCAGCAGAGUGUUUGGCGAAGGAGGCCUCCACAAGAAUGAGCAAGAGUAACAUUUCUUGUUUGGUCAUUCGUUUUGACUAAAUAUAUCAAUCCUUUUCUUCCUAUCUAUUUUCUUACUAAUUUGUUUACAGUUCGAGUUAUAAAGGCUAUUGUGUAAAUAUCAGCCAUAUAGUAUUUACUGAAACUGAUUCCUGAAUUCUCAUCCAAAAUCAUGCAAAUUUUGGUGAGCUUAUUGCUUAAAUUUUAUUCGGUGUUCUUGAGGUUCUUGCUAGUAGUUAGGCCUUUUCAAAUCGCAGAAAAAGGCUGUAUGAUAAUAAUCAAGAACUUUUUUCUUCCUUCCAUUUAUAUAUUGUUUUCUCAUUCUCUUUUCACCUAUUUGAAGUGUGACUUAACUAGAAG